GAGACAAAAGGCAAAAUGUUCUGCCAGAGUUAUUUCAGUGUUUUUGUUUCAUGCAUGCUCCUCAUGAUCAUCCAGCCAGGUCAUGGUUCUGAGAUUAUUGGGGGGACAGAAGUCAAGCCACACUCGUUGCCUUUCAUGGCCUUUUUUGUAGGUGUACAAUCUUUGUGUGGCAGGACAUUAAUCCAUCCACAAUGGGUCCUGACAGCCGCCCACUGCAAUGAUAUGAUUCUAGUGAUACUGGGAGUGCACUCCCGCAGGAAAGUGGAAGUUGAUUCUUGGCAGGUCAGAGUGGUUGAGAAACAAUUUCCUCAUCCUGGCUAUCAUGAAGUAACCAAGGUCAAUGACCUCAUGUUGCUCAAGGGGGAUUCAGGAGGGCCACUGUUGUGCAAUGGGGUGCUGGUUGGAGCUACUUCUUUUGGAAUCCCGUGUAAGAGUAAAGAGAACGUACCGGGAGUCUACGCAUUCAGCUCAAACAAACAACUCAACUGGAUCAAAGAAACAAUGAAGUCAUAUGAAAUGCCAUGAAUCCACAGGCAUCAAUACAUAUGAGCUAAGCAAGCCAAAAAUCUUUGAUGCUUUUAUGCUUAAUCUGUCACUGCUUUCACCAUAGAGACUACACAUAUAUGAUAUCAGCCAUCUCAUGGUUAGUACUAUCCACUGCAGAAACAUAAAACCAGAUCCUCUUUGUAGCCUUUCUCUUGGA